AUGUACUCAGCUUCUAUUGGAGGAGGUAAAGGCAAAAGGCAAAACCAAGUGAAACAGGCCAAAGAAUAUGCUGAGGCAAUGAAAAAAAAGAAUGAAGCUGAAUCAUCAUCAGGAACACUACCAAAUAAAUUAACUUUUCAGGAGGGGGUUUACUAUUUGCCAAAGAAAAUGGUCAUCACCAAGGAAACCGGUCUACACUGCAUAAUUCUCAUUGGAUAUGGAGAGACAAAAGACGGCAAGUUAUACUUCAUUGGCCAAAAUUCACACGGUGAUACAUGGGGAUGCAUGCAAAGGUUACUUCCAAAUCUUUAUCAACGAAAAAUAUGCGACAUAAUUUGCACGAAAGAGCAGAUUUAG